GAACAUCGAUAAGAAGAUUUUAGAUGAAAGAUAAACAAUCCGUGGAUCAAUUUCAUGCAACGACAUUGUUGAAGAAUAAUUUCCCGGUACAGAAAUAAAAUUCAAUCUGUUAAAAUUGAGUACAAAUAAAAUGGGUUAAAAUUUAUCUACGGGAAUGCAUCAAUCGCCGGGCGUUUAACCACGGAAUGAAGUAACAAUCAAUUAUGAAGAGGAAAACAAACAUUUGCACACAUUAACUACCCUCGCGUGUCUAGAAGGGUUAAAGUUUAGCGAGCGUAAUAUGCCAGCGCGCUGGCAGUCAUCCCAGCACCCUAUGUACAUUAGAACCGUAUGGGUGGACGGAUUCCGGCACGCUAUCCUAACACAAGACGACCCUCAUUUUAUCAAACUCGCCGCUAAAAGGCGACGACCUAAUUCUUCAGCAAGUUACUCAAACACCACAAUCACAAGGAGCAUUAGAAGCUCGCUUAGCCAUCACGAAGAUUUAGGAGACUGCUUGAGGAAUCUAAACCUUGUCAUACGAAAAAGCAGACUCCCAAACAAAACUGUAACGAAACCUGAAAUAGAAAAGCUAAACUUAUCUGAUGUAGAGAAUACGGAUAACGAAAUUAUCGUUGAAACAACUCCUCAACCUUUAUGCGAGUUGAAUAACUUUAGACUUGAUAUAGAAACUGAAAAUAUGAGGGUUGUCAAAAGCAAUCGUACAGCUAGAAACGAUAUUAAAGAUAACACUGAGUUAUCAGAUAGAGUACUGCAAUGGUUGGACUUAGCUGGGAAAGUUAAUCUUCUAUCAACAGAGGCUGAAAGGAUGACGCAGCCUAGGCAUAGCUGGCCGGAAAUACAAAGGCGUAAUUUGACGAAAUCCAAAACAGCAGCGGAGCUAAGAGUGAGGGAAGUUAAAGUCGAUACUAAAACAAGUGGGGCUAUCGAUCGGCAAGAGUAUUACAUGCCGACAUCGGCGAACACGAUAGAAAAUUACGCGCGACAGUCACGGAACGCGAAAAGCACGCAACGAGACGCGAAGUUUAAGGAAAACAAAAAGGUCAAAGACAUGAGAGCUAGUGUGAUGGAAACGCGACAGAAAAUGGUCUCGGAAAGACAUGCUGUAGAGAAACAGUACGCUGAAAUGGUCAGCAAGAAAUUAUUGCCCGAUGUAGGGAAACCCAAGAAGCAAGUACAUAUAUUUAUGCCUGAGGCACUGACUAAAAAGUUUGGUUCAAACGCGUCUAGUAUUACAGAGAGUUUGCUAUCGACGAAAUGUAAUCUUAUAGGCUUGAAUCAAGCAGCUAAAUGAAGUCGUUUAGUAUACUACUAAUCGAUUUCUACUCGGAGGUCCUAGUAUAAACUUUUUGGCUAAAUUAACGUGAGAUGAGCGUUAUCGUGAAUUUGUCAUUUAGUAUGGACGUAAUUUGUCAACUCCAUAUAAAUCUGCCAGAUC